GAGCACGUGGACUCCUUUCAUUCACAGUCCAAACAUCCACAGCGCGCGACAUGGCAGAUAAACUGGAAUUAAUCUCCAAGUGCAUAAGAACUUUCCCUGAUUUCCCUACGAAAGGGAUUCCGUUCAAAGAUAUUUUCCCAAUCUUGAAGGACCCGAAGGCAGUUACUGCAGUAACAGAUCUGUUUGAGGAGCACGUGAGGAACACUUACCCUCAGGUGGAUCUCAUAGUGGGACUUGAUGCUCGAGGGUUUCUAUUCGGGCCACUUUUAGCUCUAAGAUUAGGAAUAGGAUUUGCUCCAAUCAGGAAAAAAGGGAAGCUCCCUGGUCCCACAAUAUCAGUAGCCUACAGUCUUGAGUAUGCAAAGGCUGAGGCAGAGAUGCAGGAAGAUGCUGUGUCUGCUGGACAGAAAGUACUAAUCAUUGAUGAUUUACUGGCUACAGGAGGCACUCUGUAUGCAGCCAUUGAGCUGAUCAAACAGCAGAAGGCAGAGGUUUUGGGCUGUUUGGUGGUGGUGGAGCUCAAGUAUCUCAAUGGAUCUGACAAGCUGAAGCCCUCACCAGUGUUCUCUCUAAUACAUUACUGAUGGUCCUAUACUUUCACAUCUGCCAUGUUUUAGGUAUUUCAGAGGUACAAUAUAUCAUUGACACUGUGGUGUACACUUCAGGGGUAUGUAGAAAUUCCAAUCAGUUCUGUAUUAUUCUUAAGUAUUCUUUAUUCUACCAUGGAAAAUGACAUUAUUUGUAAAAGAGACAGGCUGUGUAUAAAAUCACGUCCAACUUGAAGUAGGUACUUUUGAAUAAUUACAUUCUGCGAAAACGAUGUUUUGGAUGGUAUGAAUGCAAUC